AAUGUUUUGUCUACCUGCCUCCAUCUCAAGUUCACAGAGAUUUUGUGAGACACGUUUUUGUCAUUACAUUAGUCAAAUAGUGACAUCUCCCAAUAUGAAGAGGAGUGCCUUCUUUCACUCCCUUCAAACUGCCACGCUUAUCCAAAUCUAGCCACCUCAAGAAGGGGGAAAAAAAAAGAAUGAAGUUACUUGGCUGGAUGCAUCGCAAGUUCAGGUCCAGUGAACCACUCAAGGAUUUUGCCAUAGGGAAUUCUUGUUCUUGUCUUUCAGGGCAACAAUCACUGGAUGACCAACAGUACUACCCAAAGUCAUCAUAUGGCAUUAAGCCCCUAGGCAAAGCACAGAGAGACAACCAUCUUCGAAAAUCAUUUGCCAGCCUAGAAGCAGCAAGAGCAGAAGAUGACGACUUUGAAGAAGACUCUUCAGCUGCAAUGUCUGAGCUCUUCCAUGGUUUUCUUAUGAUAGGCACACUUGGUUCAGACCCAGUUGUUACAGACCCAUCAACACCAACAUUUGCCAUCUCUGUUGAGAAUAUAACAGGAAAAGAAACAGAAGUAACAGAGAACGAAUUGAAACUUAUUAAUGAUGAGUUGGAGAAGGUACUAGGUGCUGAAGUUAAAGAAGAUGGGUGCAACGAUUCAUCUGGGAGAAACAGUCAUGUUAGCACGGGGAGAAGCAGCCAAGGUAGCACUAUUACACUUAGUGGGAAGCCAUUGGAAGGCACAGAUGCCAGUGGGAAUGGAGCAACAAUUUGUCCAUUACAAGGUUAUCUGUUUGGAUCAGCAAUUGAGUUGCCAGAAACAACAACAGCGGUAAAGAAGGAACACAGAACAUCACUUGGGGAGUUGUUUCAGAGGACAAAACUGGAAGAGAUAAAUUAUGUUACAAAAAACGAGAGGGGAGAAAAAAGGACAGAGAACGAAACAGAUAAAUCCACCAUGCACCUGAUGAAAAAAAUGCUGAAGAAAAGAAUGGUUCAUUCUUCCCUACGGAGCUCCACCACACCAACUGGCCAUAUUGAGUCCGCAUCAACAGAGACAAAACUGCACAAGAUCCUCCACCUAUUCCACAGGAAAGUGCAUCCUGAAAGCUCAACAGCAGCACGGAAAUAUAACAAGGCCCAUAAAAAUGACUCAAAGAACAACAUCAGCAAUGAGGGGGCCUACAACAGUGGAGAACGAAUGAUCCCCAGUGAAGAUUCUGUGGUAUUUCCACAUGCCCUCCAAAAAGAGAGCACACGACGACGCUUUAAGGGCCACUCUAACCCACCCCAACUCACACUCAGUGGAAAUGAUUCAAAUGGGAACAGAGAACACUGGAUUAAAACAGAUGGAGACUACUUGGUGCUGGAGCUCUAGGGGCAGACAAAGCAUUCAUAAGUGUGGUUACGAUAUAUAACAUUUAAGAGUUCUGGUGUACUAUGUGUACAAGGUUUUUAUGAAUUAUUAGUAUGUCUAGCAAUAUUUUAGCUAUUGCAUCCAAAUAAGCUUGAGAUGAUUAAACUAUUGCAUCCAAAAGGAAGAAAAGAGCUCCCUCCUCUCUUAUCAUCCUUGAGCAAUAUAUAUAAAGAUUGAGGUCUAUCCCCAUGUUAGCAGACAUGAUUCAGUUAUCUUGAGUGCAAUAUUUGGUUUGUUGGCUUCUU